AUGGCUGAAUCAUUCAAGCUGUAUGUAUUCGGGGAUGAGACUGGGGACUUUGCAGAGUCACUACAAAGGCUAUGUGAGCGACGGAAGGAAGUUCUCCUCCUGCAUUUCUUAGAAGAGCUUAACAAGGUUCUGAGAGAUGAGAUACGCCGACAGCCUCGCGACGUGCGCGUGCAGAUUCCAGAGUUCACAGAUGUGCUGGAUCUUGUCAGACGAUAUCGUCGCUCAGGAUCCCGCAAUCAGAUCCUCGAGACCACUCUGACUUGCGUGUGCCAAUUGGCAACUGUCAUCAGCUUUUUCGGCAACAACGCAUCUCAAUACUUUACUCCCUCCGACAGUGCUUUCGCUGGAUUUUGUACUGGAUUGUUGUCGGCCUCGUCGGUAGCUACCAGUCAAGACACUUUACAGUUGAUCUCCAACGCUUUGACAACUGUCAGAGUAGCUUUCCGUAUUGGCGUCAAGGUCGAUGGAGCUGCUCAACGAUUGUCGAAGGAUGGCGAUUCUGCUGUCACCCAGAGCUGGACAACACUCAUAAUAGGGGCUCAGAAAGAGGCCUCUAUCGCGGCGCUGACACAAUUCAAUGAAUCUAAUGGUAUUCCAAAGGCUAAUCAGGCCUACAUAAGCGCGAGCAGUAAAGAUGUGGUUUCGAUUAGUGGGCCUCCGGACACUACUGCCUCUCUGCUUCAGCAUUCAGAAUACCUUCAGAAAUUCAGGAGAGUCUCGCUUGACAUAUUUGCACCUUUCCAUGCACCGCAUCUAUACGGCGAUGACGAUGUUGCAGAAGUGUUGCAGCCAUUAUCUCACAAGGGUGAGAAGAGAAAGUUCUUCAUCCCCGUCAUCUCAGGCUUCGGGACUCGAUACUCUCCAGAUUUGGAUGUUGAUACUCUUAUGGUGGAUGUCGUGAGAGACAUCUUAAUCCGACCACUCUCAUUUGAGAAUGUCAUGAGCACAGUCACAGAAACUACGACAGCUUCGCCACAAAAGGAUUGUCAAAUCUUCUCCGUUGGGCCGUCUCAGGCGAUACACAGUCUUGCAUCAACUCUGAAAGAAGAUACCUCUUUCAAUGUGACCACAGAAGGGCAAAUUCACACGAAAAAGCCCGACUACGAGCCUUUGAAUGGAUCUCAGAAGAUUGCUAUCGUUGGAAUGGCAGGUCGCUUCCCCAACUCUGAAGAUCUCGAAAGCUUCUGGAGUACAUUACAGCAGGGAUUGGACCUACAUCGACGGGUUCCUCCCGACCGUUUCGACAUCGAUACACACUACGAUCCCACUGGGAAAAAUCUCAAUUCUAGUCACACUCCGUACGGCUGCUUUAUUGAGAGGCCAGGUCUAUUCGAUCCACGUUUCUUCAAUAUGUCCCAACGGGAAGCCUAUCAAACAGAUCCUAUGGGAAGACUUGCACUAGUGACAGCAUAUGAAGCUCUCGAAAUGUCAGGUUUUGUACCUGACAGAACACCAUCUUCCAUGUUGAAUCGGGUUGGUACCUUUUAUGGACAAACAAGUGACGAUUGGCGGACACUCAACGCCGCAGAGAAGAUUGACAUGUACUACAUCCCGGGAACGAUUCGAGCUUUUGCCACUGGUCGAAUCAACUAUCAUUUCAAAUUCAAAGGACCAAGUUACAACGUUGAUACAGCCUGUUCGUCCAGCUUUGCUGCAAUUCAACUGGCGUGUACGUCCUUAUUGGCAAAGGAAUGCGAUACUGCUCUGGCCGGAGGACUGAAUGUCAUGACAACGCCAGAUCUCUUCGCAGGUUUGAGUCGCGCACACUUUUUGUCCAAGACCGGGUCUUGCAAAACCUUUGAUGAUGGCGCAGAUGGCUUCUGUCGUGGCGACGGUGUUGGUACAGUUGUAUUAAAGAGGCUUGAAGAUGCCGAGGCUGAUAACGAUCCAAUUUUGGCUGUCGUUCUAGGCACGGCAACAAAUCAUUCCUCUGAGGCAGUCUCAAUCACCCGACCUCACGGACCGGCCCAGGAAUUUCUCUACAGAAAAAUCCUGAAUCAUACAGGUGUGGACCCUGUUGAUGUUAGUUACGUGGAGAUGCACGGCACAGGAACGCAGGCCGGUGAUGGAACUGAGAUGAAGUCCAUCACAAAUGUUUUUGCUCCACGAGACCAAGGUCGCCGCAAACCAGAUCAAUUGAUGCAUGUUGGUGCGCUCAAAUCAAACAUUGGUCAUGGUGAAGCUUCUGCCGGCGUGGCAUCUCUGAUCAAAACUGUCAUUAUGAUGCAAAAGAAUGCUAUCCCUGCCCAUGUUGGUAUCAAGACUACCAUGAACAAAACGUUCCCUCAUGACCUGCACGAAAGAGGUGUUCGCAUUGCUUUCAAAGAAACCCCCUGGCUUCUUGACAGAGAUCCCAGAACAAGCUUCGUUGUUUCGCUAAGCGCCAAGUCAGCAUAUUCUCUAGACCAGAAUAUCAAUCGACUUGCAGCUUAUCUCGAAGCAAACCCGGACACAUCUUUGCCCGCGUUGUCAUAUACAACCACUGCCAGACGAAUUCACUACCCACAUCGUGUCUCUUACGCAGUGAGAAGCAUCCCGGAAACAAUAAAAUCAUUGAGGUCAACCCAGCCUAAGGCGAUCAAGCCCGAUCCGAUAAACUCUGGUAAAAUCGCUUUUGCAUUCACCGGGCAAGGCUCGCAUUACACAGCUCUCGGAAAACAACUUUUUGAGGAUUCACAAACCUUCCGAAAUGAUGUGAUGGAAUUCAACAGAACUGGUCAGAAGGAAGGCUUCCCUACUUUCUUGCCCCUAAUUGACGGCUCUGAGGAAGUCGGGUCACUCUCGUCAGUUGCACUCCAGCUUGGGCAAACAUGCGUUCAGAUGGCACUUGCGCGGCUCUGGCAGUCUUGGGGCAUCACACCAAAAUUUGUUCUUGGCCACAGCCUCGGAGAGUAUGCUGCACUGAAUGUAGCUGGUGUAUUAUCUGCCAGUGAUACAAUUUACCUCGUUGGCCGAAGAGCUCAGCUUCUGGAGGAGCUUUGCGUCCCGGGCAGUCAUAAGAUGUUAGCCAUUGCAGCAUCUGUCAGCUCUGUUAAAGAGACUCUGGGUGACAAGGACAUUGAAGUCGCUUGCAUCAAUGGCCCCAAUGGGACUGUCAUCAGCGGCUCCGCAGAGCAAAUGGAGACUUGCUCCAAAACACUCAAGGCCAUCAACAUCAAGUGUUCAUUGCUAUCGACAGCUUAUGCCUUCCAUUCGGCACAGAUUCAAGUCAUCGUUGAGCAAUAUAGAAAAGCGGCAAGCUCAGUCAGUUUCGGAACUCCAAAUAUUCCCGUUAUCUCUCCUCUACUCGGGGAUGUUGUAACUGACGGCAAUGUCUUUGGAACGGAUUAUCUGUGCCGUCAAGCUCGAGAAGCUGUGAACUUUAUGGAUGCACUCAAAGCUGCCGAGUCAAAAGGAGUUGUUGAUAACAACACAAUUUGGCUUGAAAUUGGUCCCGCGCCUGUCUGCUCUACUUUCAUCAAAUCAUGCCUCGGAAGCAAGGCAUUGACUUUGACGUCGCUCCGCCAGCAAGAAGAUGCAUGGAAGACAUUGUCUGACACACUUAGCAACCUAUACUCCAGGGGACUUUCAAUCGAAUGGGAAGAAGUUCAUCGUGAGUACGAGGCUUCUCACACCGUGCUAGCUCUUCCGAGCUACCGUUUUGAGGAGAAAAACUAUUGGCUCGACUACAACAACAACUGGUGUCUGACUAAAGGCCAAAAGCUUGUCGAGUCAGCCGCUCCAAAGCGUUGGAAGCACUAUUUGUCAACACCGUCUGUUCAGAAGGUAACCAAGGAAGAUUUUGGAAAAACAAAGAUUACCGUUGUUGCCGAAUCGGAUCUGUCAGAUCCCGAUCUGAACCACGCAGUGAAUGGCCAUUUGGUGAAUGGAUCAGCUCUUUGUCCAGCAGGUGUUUACGCUGAGUCGGCGUUGACGUUGGCGGGCUACAUCUACAAUAAGAUCAAGAAGACAGAAAGCAUCGGCAUGGACGUGCGUGCUCUGGAAAUCAUGAAACCUCUCAUCGCCAAAGGUCGUAAUCAAAAGGAGAAGCAAGUCUUCAGAAUAACUGCCACCGCCGACCAACCUCUGAAACUAUUGAAGAUCAGUUAUAACAGUGUCUCUGCUGACGGCAGCUUGGGAGUGUUGCAUGCUACCUGUAAGGUUGAGUACGGAGACACCAAGAUCUGGCAUGCGGAAUGGUCGAGACUGGCAUAUCUCGUCCGAUCGCGGAUCAACGUUAUGAAUGACGGUGUCAAAGGUCACCAGUAUCAGAAAAUCGACCGCAAACAAGCCUACGAAAGUUUCUCAGGCUUCGUUGAGUACGACAAACAAUACCAUGGGAUGAAGGAGGUAGUCAUGGAUCAGAAGAACCUCGAAGCCACCUCAAAAUUGGAAUUCCAGCCGUCGAAUGAUUAUGGUGAAUUUGAGAUAGACCCUCGGUUCAUCGACAAUAUCUCCCAUCUUUCAGGAUUUAUUCUGAACGGAUCCGGCACAACGGACACCAAAAAGCAAGUUUACGUAUCUCACGGAUGGGAUCAUCUACAAAUUGCUCAGCCUCUAUCAAGCAGCAAGUCUUACAGCAAUUAUGUCAAAAUGCACGAGGUCCAGAAAGCUACCAUGUCGGGUGAUGUCUACAUUUUUGAUGGAGAAGAGAUGGUUGCGCUCGUAGGAGGUGUGAAGUUCAAGGCUAUCCCCCGAGCUGUCGUCGAUCAACUCUUACCUCCUCCCAAGGGGGUCACGACAUCCUCUUCUCGAAAGGCUGCCACCAAAGAUAAGCCUGUCAAGGACUCGAAACCCGUGAAAGAGUCCGUUGCUCAACAAAAAACAAAGUCAACUGUGACUAAAGUCAGCCAAAAGCCACAGGCUCCAGCGAGGAGCUGGGCGUGGAGCCGUCGGAGCUUCAAAGAUGACACCACCUUUGCUGAUAUUGGGCUGGACUCCCUCAUGUCGCUCUCAAUCACAGGACGUCUUCGCGAGGAACUUGAAUUGGAGGCUAUCCCGUCCUCGUUGUUCACGGAUUUCCCAACCAUCGGCCCGGUGAAAGCAGUGAUCAUGGAGCUUACGGACAGUUCUUCCGAUGGAACUACGACACCUACCACUGAUGAAGAAGGCCCGACUACGCCAGAUGCAGAUGAGACUGAAUCGCUCAAGGAGAUUCCUCUUGAAUCCGCACCAGCGAAUCCAUCUUCCAGCGAAGCUAUGGAUGGGCUGCUAACCAUCGUCUGUGAAGAGAUAGGUAUAGACCUGGCGGAGUUGCUCGAGGUGCAGCAAUUUGCUGAAGCUGGUGUUGACUCUUUGAUGUCACUUACCAUCACUGGGAGAGCUCGUGAGGAUUUGGACAUGGACAUUUCGUCCUCGUUCUUCGUGGACUAUCCUACUGUCGACCAGGCAAGAUUGGCCAUUGUAUCUCUCAUGGGUAGUGGUGAUUCUCUCGUGGGUAGCGAUGAUCAUACCGGAACCACUACACCAUACAGCGUCAACGAUGAUGCGAAAUCAUCAACGACCUCUUUGACUGCAAGCUCGGUAGUUGCAGCCAGCGUUAAGCCUGACUACAACUUGGAAGUGCAAGACAUCAGUCAGUCCACUCAACCUGCAACAUCAAUCGUACUGCAAGGGAGUCUGAAGACUGCUUCAAAGACUUUAUUCCUGUUACCCGAUGGAUCAGGUUCGGCAACCUCAUAUGCUGCUCUUCCCAAAAUCUCACCAGAUCUAUGUGUCAUCGGUCUCAAUUGCCCUUUCAUGAAAACUCCUUCCGAGUACACAGCCGGAAUCGAAGGAGUUGCUUCACUGUACCUUUCUGAAAUCAAGCGAAGACAGUCCGAAGGUCCAUAUAUUCUCGGAGGAUGGUCUGCUGGUGGCGUGUUGGCGUAUGCCGUGGCAUGCCAACUGAUCGAAAUCGAGGAAGAGAUUGAGGCUCUCCUCUUGAUCGACUCGCCAUGCCCAAUCAAUCUCCAGCCACUACCAUCUGAGCUACUACAUUUCGUCGACUCAUUGGGAUUACUGGGGGUUCAAGGAUCAGCACCAAACUGGUUGAUCCCCCAUUUCGAGGCAUCAGUCAGGAACCUUGCCGAUUUCAUACCAUAUCCCAUGGAUCCGGAAGAAGCACCAAGAACACAUAUCAUCUGGGCUAGUGAUGGACUUGUCUCGGAAUCGGAUGAGAAGCAGUUUCCGAGAUCUGAUGCCGAGGCGAAGAGUGUCAAGUUCUUACUUGAUGAUAGACAGAGCCUCGGAACCUAUGGAUGGGAGAAGUUGAUCGGCUCGGAAAACAUCAGCGUGGAAUUCAUGGAGGGCAAUCAUUUCACAAUGAUACGUGAACCAAAGGUAAAGCAAUUGCCAACUAUUCUAGAUCGCAUCAUUGGGGCAUAA